GUGCAUUAAAAAAGCAAUCUUGAAAACGGACAAGGGUCAUACAAAAACCAGCAUUUGAAAUUGAUUAAUCCACCCUGUCUCUAGAGACCACUUCCACCCCCCACCCCCAUCUCCCACCCCCCACCCCAUGUGUCUGCCUCAUUUCAUUCCUUCCUCACAAGUCCCCAACUCACUCUCUCACUCGACUAUUUUUCACUUGAGCUUCCCCAAUCUUUGCUCUUUGAAUAUAUGCACAUACGCUCUCAUAAUCAAGUUUAGAACUUUUUAGUUUUAUGUGAAAGUGACCCUAUCUCUCUGUUUCUUUCCUGUCUGCUCCCAUCAGUUUGUUUGCUUGUUGUCAAUUACUCAGAGGCCGUUUGUUUGUACAGUAUUCAAGGCGGAGGACCUAUUUCCUAAGUUUCUUCGACAUAUUUAGUCUUCUGUGGGUAAAACUUCCUGGUUUUCCAUUGCCAAUAACGACUUUAUCAAAGCUCAGCGUUUCGAUUGAAGCUAAAAGCUCUCUAGUUCUAGCUGAUGAUGCUCCAAAUAUGGCUUCAAGCUGUCCUGCUAUUUUGUGGACUUUUCUUCAAUGCAACUGGGGCGUUCGUGGGUGUCAAUAUUGGAACGGAUGUCUCAAACAUGCCAUCGGCUCCUGAUAUAGUUGCAAUUCUUAGAGCUCAUCAAAUAACUCACGUGCGUCUCUUUGAUGCUGAUGCGCAUAUGCUGAACGCUCUUGCAAACACUGGCAUCGAAGUCAUGGUUAGCGUUACAAACGAGGAAGUCCUGGGAAUCGGAGAAUUGCCUUCAACGGCAGCUGCAUGGGUUAAUAAAAAUGUCGCAGCUUAUGUUCCGUCAACCAAUAUUACAGCGAUUGCUGUGGGAAGUGAAGUGCUUACUACGCUGCCACAUGCCGCACCUAUUCUAGUUCCUGCUAUGAGCAACCUGCAUAAAGCCCUGGUAGCUUCAAAUCUCAAUUAUCAAGUUAAAGUUUCGACGCCAAAUUCAAUGGAUGUCAUUUCUCGGCCUUUCCCUCCUUCUGCAGCCACUUUCAACUCGACGUUGAACUCUACUGUCACCCAGAUUCUUCAGUUCCUGAGAAACACAAAAUCCUUCUACAUGUUAAAUGCUUAUCCUUAUUAUGAAUAUGUGAAGAGCAACGGCAUUUUCCCUCUCGACUAUGCUCUUUUCAAGCCACUCUCCUCUGUGAAACAAAUUGUCGACCCAAACACCUUGUUUCACUACGACAGUAUGUUUGAUGCCUUGAUCGAUGCCACUUACAACUCCAUAGCCGAUCUCAACUUCUCAGGGAUCCCUAUUGUUGUCACUGAAACUGGCUGGCCGUGGUUCGGUGGUAGCAACGAACCUGAUGCUACUUCAGGAAAUGCUGAGUUGUAUAUUAACAAUUUGAUAAAACGCGUAUCGAAUGAUUCUGGUCCGCCUAGCCAGCCCACAGUUCCCAUCAACACGUACAUCUACGAGCUGUUCAACGAGGACAAAAGACCCGGGCCGAUUUCUGAGAGAAACUGGGGUCUCCUUUUCACUAAUGGCACUCCUGUGUAUGACCUAGGUUUGGGUAGUACAGAGAUCACCGGUGCAAAUUCUUCGAGCUCGUUUUGUAUAGCUCGACCAAGUGCAGAUGAUAAGUCGCUGCAAGACGGACUUAAUUGGGCUUGUGGGAAUGGCCAGGCUAACUGUGCAGCAAUUCAGAAAGGGCAGCCUUGCUAUAACCCCGACACGUUGCAGAAUCACGCUUCUUAUGCGUAUAAUGACUACUAUCAGAAGAUGCGUGCAACUGGCGGGACUUGUGACUUUGGUGGCACGGCUACGAUAACUACAGUCGACCCUAGCUAUGGAUCUUGUAGAUUUACAGGAAGUUCGAACUCGAGCACGGGAGGGCUGUUUCCAUCACCGGCACUCGGACCAGUGGGCCCGUCCUCGAAGAGCACAAGGACCGUCUCCGGCCUACAUUUGGGCACAGCAGUGGGCGUAACUGUGUCUGUGUGUUUGGUUCAUGUGAAUUUGAGGAGCUUUUUGUAGCAUAGCAUAGCUAACUAGGAAUUGCAUUUGUUGUAUUGCACUGCACCUCUAUUUUCCCUCAUUUUGAAUCCACUUUCAUAUUCGAUCGAUAUUUUGAAGAAA